AAAGCCCACUCUUCUCGACUUGAAUUAGCAUAUUUUAUCAUUAAAAAAUAUGGCAUACUACAAGCUUAAGACUUUAACCUUAAAAUGCAUUUAUUUGACCAAAUUCUGAUCUGCUCAAUAAUCACCUCUAAGACAAAAAUCUAGCUAGAACGCCAAGAUCCUAUAUGACUUUUUGAGUCUUUGUCUGUCUUGAGUAAUUCAAUCAAAUUAUCAAAGUAACAAUUAAAUAUAACAUGCAAACUAAUUAGCACACAAAAUCAAACUAGCAAAAAAAAAAAAAAAAAAAUGGCGGGAAAUUUAUCACCAAAAAGAACAUUGAAUAUCUAAUUUUUUUGUUCGAAAAACCCCCAAUAGUUAGGUUUUUGGUAACCAAAACCAUAAAAGCAAAACCCCCAUAUUCUCCAAUCUCUUCUCAGAUCUCUCGCCGUCUCCGGCCACCAUCGCCGGUUAUUCCACCGCCGGAAGCAUCGCAUCGCAUCAUCAUUUUGCUGUCUUCUCCGCCGCUACUACCAUCACUGGAUGGAUACUCAUGAAUCUGGAACCUGUAAAGAACAAGAAACUGAGGGACAUAUGGACAUUGUAGAGACCCAGAGUUCGCAAGUUCUUGAUAAGAAUGCCAUCGAAAAUGCAGAAGCAAGGCAUUUAGAAGGAGAUAAAAAGAUGUCUGCGUCUUUGGUUGACCAUAGUGGUUCUAUGCCACUGGAUCUCAACACCGAAGUGUGUACUGAUGAAAAUUCAUGUUAUAACGAUGCCGAUGUGUCUAUCAGUGAUUCUAGGAAACAUUCUUCAUAUGCAAAAGGCAAAGUAAGCCUUGAGCAUAAUCAUGUGUGUCUGGGUGGCAAUCGCUUGGACCUCAAUGCUGAAGAUGUUGCUAGUUCAGUUAAUUAUGAUCCUUUCUACACCAAUAGAUCUCAAAAUAAUCUGAAGACAAGGGACACUUCUAAUAGUGGGAAGUCCACAGGCCGCUUGGAGGAUAAAGACGCUCUAAGAAAGUGGAAAGAGAUGAAGAAAAAUGGUUUCAUGUCAUCGUCCUAUGGUUAUGGAGGCAUACCGGCAGCACCUAAGCAGCGUGGAAGGAAGAGCAAAAAUGAGGCUUUCAAGCAGAAGAUGGAAAAAGCAAAGAAGGAACAGAUUGAUAGGUUUACGAAGAUUGCUGCUCCCAGUGGAUUGCUGAAUGGAUUGAACCCUGGGAUUAUAAAUCAUGUGAGGAAUAGUAAACAGGUGCAUUCCAUUAUUCAGGCACUUGUGAGGUCGGAGAAACAAGAAACCCUCAGACAAGCUAGUGAGACGAGAGCUGAAAGUAGAGAACUGGCUGAAAGGAAUACAUUACAAGAAAAUAUAAAUUUUUCUGGGUUACAUGGAUCUGGUCUCUCUUAUGCAGUUUCAUCUUUCAGUUCAAUGCCAGAAAACACAUUACUAUAUGAGAACCACUUUUCACAUAAUGGUUCUGUCUUAUUUAGUUCAGAGGAUAGGAGUGGAUGUAGAGACUCUGAGGAGAGAAGAUAUUGUGCAAACAAUUCAUACUCCAAGAAUUACAGCGAGGAUAAUGUACAUGCUCUGAAGUUGGCAUCAUUAACUAAGGUCUCGGAAAGUACUAGCUGUAUGUCCAAUGAGGAAUCAGCAAAUGGUAGCAGUGUUGACACUCUUUCUGUUAAAGCUGCCACAGUAGCUUCUCAGUGGUUGCAACUUCUGCAUCAAGACAUAAAAGGGCGUCUUGCGGCAUUGCGUCGUAGUAAGAAGAGAGUACGUGCUGUUAUUACUACCGAGUUGCCUUCUCUUCUUUCCAAAGAAUUCCCUUCCAAUCAGGAGAAUGAGCUUUAUGUCGUGAAAGAUUUUGCCACUGGUUACUCUAGUAAAGCAACAGCUGAAUUGCAUCAGUCACAUUGGGGCAAAUUGUUCAAUCAGAUGGAUAGUAAACUCUCUGAUGAAGAGAAACAGCUGGAGAGUUGGCUAGAUCAAGUAAAUAGCAUGAUGCUACACUGUGAUCAAGGUCUGCAACAUGUAAAUUGGAAAACAAUAUCUGAGAUGCAGCAUAUGGGGAUCGUAGAUAACGACUUAAGAUCAAAGCUUAAUGAUCCAGAGAAAGAUUUGUCUGUGAGAGCUGCUGCGGCUUCUAUAUACUCGACGUGCAAUUUUCUAUCUUCGAGGGAAAAUGUCAGCUGCUGCUAAUCAUAGUAACCAACAUAUCAAAAGUGCUUGUUUUCAGUCAUACUUUCCUUGUUCAUUUUCUAAUUACCAUAUCCAUUUACCAAAAUCAUCACCUUUUUCCUGGAAAGAUAAUGGGUUGACUGAGCUUGGUUUCCAUGUAAAUUUAGCUGGUGAAUUCACCAUGUAUCCAGUUUCAUUUUUCUUAGUUUUUUAGGUAUAGAAGCCGAUAAGUUUCGGUGUUCAUGUAAAAGUAAGGAGAAAGCAUGUUUUCACUCUUUUCGUUCUACUUGGUGCUGAAAAGUAGCUAAGCCAUCGAGCUUUUACUGUAUUUAGGUGAAUGAAUAAUUAUGUUCCAGAGUAUCUUUUUUCUGUAUAUUGCCUCGUGUUAAAUGAUGACUUCUAAUAACAUUUCUCUUGUCCUGUA